UGACGUAAAGACGCACUGUAACGUCGCCUCCUUUAUCUCAGCUCCUCUUUGAGAGGAAAACAAAGCCUGUUAACAUUGGAAGUCGAUAUAUUUGUGUUUUCUCACACGGCUCUUGUACCACUAUUUUGCGAGCGUGAAGAAGGCCAGUAGAAAUAGAUUUAAAGAUAUGUGGGUGGUUUGAAGGUCCAGAGUUUCCCCUGAUGAUCCAACUGCAUUGACAACUCUAGGACUCGAUCAGGAUGGCUAGCUGUGGGGAGGUCGACCACUCUGUGAGCUCUCUUCCAUCCAGUAAGAAAGGCAGCAGCAGUGGUGCAGGUGGGAGUGGGAGCAGCGCCGAAUCCUCCUGCUCGGACUCCAGCAGCUCAUCCCCUGCCCUGUCUGUCCCAGAGUGCGCCAUCUGUCUGCAAAGCUGCGUCCACCCGGUCCAGCUGCCGUGCCACCAUGUCUUCUGCUUCCUGUGUGUUAAGGGGGCGUCAUGGCAGAGCAAGCGCUGCGCUCUCUGCAGACAGGAAGUCCCAGACGACUUCCUGGAAAGGCCUACGCUCCUCUCUCCAGAGGAGCUGAAGGCGUCGGCGGGAGGGCGUGGCGGGGCGGCGAGCGAUCACGCCUGGUACUACGAAGGCCGUAACGGUUGGUGGCAGUAUGACGAGAGGACCAGUCGUGAGCUGGAGGACGCUUUCUCCAAGGGGAAGAAGACGGCGGAAAUGCUGAUCGCUGGCUUUUUGUAUGUAGCCGACUUGGAGAACAUGGUGCAGUAUAGGCGCAACGAGCAUGGCCGCAGGCGCAAGAUGAAAAGAGACGUUAUAGAUAUUCCCAAGAAGGGGGUGGCCGGACUACGAUUGGACACGGAUUCUGUUGCCGGGGCUCUGGGCUCAACAGGUCGAGAAAACUCUGCAGAUGGGGCCGAUACCUCAACAGGAGCGGCGCAGCCACAGGCUGCUGGAGCUCCCUUUGUGGUUUCAGCCCCCUCAGCUACUGCCCGGCCCCCAACUUCCCUCGGGGGUCAGCCCGGCCCCAGUACAAGCCCCUCUGUGGAGGACAGUCUUUCCCAGCUGCAAAUCAGCCCCAGGUCCAUCCCUUCCCACGACAGGUCUGAGGGUGGGGAAGGAGAGGGGCAAGAUGAUGACGAGGAAGAGACCUCACCCUCCAGGUCCUCUGACCCCCACACCUCUGUGGAAGAAUCCGGUUCUGGAGACUGGAGCGAUGACGAAGAGGAAGAGGAGGGAGGGGACGGCGAUCAUGCAGAGGCCUGGGAGGACUGGCCGCAGAGACGAAGACAGACUCCAGAGGACAGGGGGCCUCCUCGCGCAGAUUCCGCCUCUCCCCCUCCGUCUUCCCAUAGCAGUGGGAGGUCCAGGAUGCCUGACGGUCAGUGUACAGUGACUGAAGUGUGAACCCGUUCAGAUCAAUUUAUGCCGUUUGCUCAGACCCAGAUCUGAGGUGGGAGGCUUGUUUGGUACCAGAGGAACGAGGCAUGGCGCGCUCAUGUUCAAACAACACUGCAUUUCAUUUUUAAUGUCUGGCUCUUAAUUUGGAAGGAUUAGGAUUCGUUUUCAGCCCGUCUUCAAAGGCGGCCUCAGGCUGCCAGCAGUUCGCCAUCAUGCUCUCGAUCGGAGUGUUUUAGUUCUGAUAGGUUGGGAUCUAUUCAAACUCAGACGUUUAUAUCUUCCACAUCAUGUGAGAAACGUUUAUAGGACUUCCUGUGGUUUCAGAUGUCUGUGUACUUUAAUUUAAAUGCAUCUAGAUUGUUAUUCUUUUUAAGUUAAACAAAGCGACACUGUGAACUUUUUCAACCCGUUCUUCCCAGAUCUAAACAUUUAAUGGCUCGGACUUUAAACUCAGUAAAAAUAAGAGUCCUAGUAGAAAUGAAAUUAUCAUUUUAAUGAAUGGUUUUAUUUUGAUCAUCUAAAAGUUUCUUAGCUAACAGAAAUUUCCUCCCAUUUGUCCUGAAUUUGAUUAAUAACCUGAUCGAGGUUUCUAACCCUUGAAUUAACUAAUACCUCUGGGAUCAUUUCAAAUGCUCACAGGUAACAGAGCUGUUUUUUUUUUUUUUUUU